AUGUUUGAACGUGGGACAGAUGAAGCGAUCCACGAACUCCGUGACGGGAUACAGGCUGUUCCUGAUUUUGCGUCCCUGUUUGACAUGGGGAUGGGAGAGCGUGCAAACAAUGCUGUGAAUCGCCUGCAUGGGAAGUAUCGUGUCGGAGACGAGGUGCACUGGACGCUCGUCAGCAGGUUUGUUUCCACGGAGCUAGCACAGAAGCUUGGAGAAUCGUUUGUGAGGCAGAUUGAAGAGCUCUCUGACGCAACCGGGAAUCCGACACUCAAGGGUGUGUUGUUUGAGAUGCUGUUCUUUGCUCGGAUAGGACGAGGGGCAGGGAUGCAACUUACCAUGAGUCUGGAUGCAAGAGAAAUCAACAAGCUGCGGGGCAAGAUGAAAGUAACAAGAGUGUGCCUGAAGCCGUUGAAAUGGAAUCAGGGGGGUUACGAUGCUGUGAUUGUUGACUGGAGUGAAAACUUUGUGCGCUUCGUGCAGAAUGGCAACUGGGAGCCCGUGAAGAAAUUUGUCGAUUGCAGUCAGCAUACUGAUGGGGUGCUGUUCGAGUGUACCAUGGAUGACGAGCCGGGCGGCCAGAGGUUGAGGUGA